AUGGGCGUGUUACUGUCACGAAUAUGGAGUUUCUUUCGUCCCGAGGGCACCAAGAUAGUGCUUGUGGGCCUGGACAAUGCGGGCAAGUCAACUAUCCUUUACCAGUUUGUACUGAAUGAGGCAGUUCAGACCUCUCCCACUAUUGGUAGCAAUGUGGAGGAGUUCAAGUGGGGAAAUCUUCAUCUCGUCAUGUGGGAUCUUGGUGGACAGGAGUCGCUGCGACCCACGUGGAGUACUUAUUAUGCCGGUUCAGAGUUUGUUAUCCUCGUCAUUGACAGCACUGACCGUGACCGACUCCCUCUCUCAAUGUCAGAGCUCCAUGCCAUCUUGACGUCAGAGGAUUUGCGCAAGGCGAAGAUCCUCAUCUUUGCCAACAAACAGGAUGUCGUCGGUUGCAUGUCGGUGGCAGAGGUAGGGCAUAAGCUGAAUCUGACGUCAAUCAAGGAUCACACUUGGCAUAUCCAAGCUUGCUGUGCACUCACUGGGGAAGGGUAUGUGGAUGAAAAUUUUUUUCAAUGGUAUCUUCUUGCUUGGCGUAGAUCAGACUCGUCUGCGUCCGGAUUGUUUCCAUUACCUAAUAAAAGCAAGCAUUGCGCUUUAUCUCUCACUUUGAUCCUCAUGCUCUAUAGCGCAUUUUAA